GUGACAAUGUUCGAGUAUAUCAAUCCAAAUGUGGACCCGUCCGAACCUCAGAGCUGCUGUCCGCGUUAGUUGAGCGUCGCAGGAGGACGUCAGGGGGAGCGCUGGCUGAGGGUGGAGAUGGAGAACAAAGCCAUUUGCCUGAGGUCCCAUGACGACAGAGACAACACCUCCAUGUUUGAGGAACCGUACGAAGGAGGGAGCUUUUCCAAACUGAACUUGUACGAUGAAGGAACACGGCGAAGGACGGAGCGCUGCUGCAACCACCUGAACUCACUGUCUGCCAUCAAGUACGCCGUCAUCUGCCUCUACGUUCUGCUGCUUCUGUCCACGCUCGGACUCUGUCUGGCAGUGUCUCGCUACCAUGAGUUCUCGCAGCGGCACGCGUUGAACCAGACAGCAGAGCGCCAGCAGCUGCUGCAGCAAAGCCCAGGAGACAAUGUGCUGGAGAACAUCUGGAAGCUGGAGAACGUCUUCCAGAACCACACGGACUGGCUGCAGAGGCUGGAGGCCCUCAUCCAGGGCUUGGAGAGGAAGCUCAGGAACUUCCAGACUCAUUCCAUUCAAGCUGAAGGUUACCUGGCUCAGCUGGAGGAGGGGCUUUCCUCGCUCAGCGGCGCUGCAGGCAGGAACCUGACGAGCCUGAGUGAGGAGGUGAAGCUGACCUCCAGGUGUCUGCAUGACCACAGCCUGCAGCUCAGGGAAACUUUGCGACAGAUGAGCACACUGGAGGAGAAACUGGACAACGUCAGCUGGACGGUGGGGGCCGUUAAUCACACAGUCAGUGGUGACAUCAGCGUUCAUCACCUGAAGAUUAAAGACCUGCAGGUCCAGAUCAGCAACAUCACAGAGGACACAAGCAGUCUGUGGGUGACACACCUGCACACACAGGCACAGCUAAGGAAUGAGCUGGAGAUCCUGAACACCGUCACAGAAGACCUCCGGCUACAGAACUGGCAGCAAUCUGUGGCUUUGAAAAACCUCAGCAUAGUUGAAGGACCUCCAGGACCAAAGGGUGAGAAGGGUGACACUGGACAGCUGGGGCCCUCAGGGGCCCCUGGAAUGACUGGUUUGAGAGGAUUUACAGGAGAGAGGGGGAUGCGAGGACCUCCGGGAACAAAGGGAUCUGUUGGCCAUGAGGGAGAGAAGGGAAAGAAAGGAGACGUUGGACCUGUAGGGCUUAAAGGUGACCAAGGACAGCGAGGCUCAAAGGGAGAGAAAGGUGAAAGAGGGGAGCGAGGAGAGAAAACAGCAGAGGAGACCCUGGUCCGGCUGGUGAAUGGGUCCGGCCCUCACGAAGGCCGUGUGGAGGUUUUCCAUGAGCGCCGCUGGGGGACGGUGUGUGACGAUGCCUGGGACAAGAAGGAUGGAGAUGUGGUCUGCAGAAUGCUGGGCUACAGAGAAGCGGUGGGAGUCCAUGUGACGGGACGCUUCGGACGAGGAUCCGGUCUGAUCUGGAUGGACGAUGUGGCUUGCACAGGGGGUGAAGACACCAUCCAUCAGUGCAAGUUUCCCGGAUGGGGCAAAACCAACUGUGGCCACGUAGAGGACGCUGGUGUGACCUGCGCUGUCGGACCCCCGCCGGACACCGAAGCUUUAAUGUUUCCUGAGAUGGAGAUGACAUAAGACGGUUGGAAUCUUCUGGGAAGGAAGUUCCACUUGUUCUCCAUGACAUACUGGUUCUCUCUUUUCUCAACACCUCCAAGUGCCUUAAGAGCAAACUGGUUUUCUCACUUUCGACUGAAUGCACCACCUCAGCUUCAGAAAAAGUACAAACAACGAGAUACACAACAGCAGCAGGAACGACAACAGCAGAGACGGCAAUAGAAGGAACUGGACAAACAACAGAAGAACUACGUUGCCAUGGAAACAACAUAAAAAACCACAGAACCAAAUCAAUGAAGAACAGGAAAAACUCCUGCAGUGGCAGAAAAAACAGCAGGACCCGUUUUAAGAAGCUGAAAUCCUGACAGAGUUUUGACUGAAAUGACAAAUCCAGCUUACAAUUUGAUGAAGCUGAAUAGAAGCCAGACUGGGUUGGUUGUCAUGGUUACUCUGUGAAUAUUACCGGAUUAGGAACAGAUUUAUAUGAGUUAACUAAGCUAAGUUAUAUCUUUGCUAUGAAUGUCUUCUAACAACAAUGUGUGCUAUUUCUGUGUUUCUGGAAAUGACUAAGAAAGAUGGUUUUAAGUCAAACUAAUCUAUUUGAGAAAACAAAGUACAGGAAAUGGUUUUGAAUUGAUUAACUCUCACGUUUUAGCUUUUAUAAAGUCAUAGUCUACAUUAGUAAACUUACAUGAUGUUGAUGAUGCAGACUAACUAUAAUAAAAAAUACCUAAAGAAAGAGUCAGUAGCAGACUUCAGUGACGCUGAAAGAGUUUGGGUCGCUGCAGCAAACACUGACAUCUAGUGGACAGGAGACAUGAUUUCAACUUGAGAAAGAACCAGAUUAUUGUCACACCAGAGAAUCAAAUGGUCUGUUGGGAUUGGGAACACUGCAACCUUCUCUUUGUUAUAUCUGAAUUAAAAUGCUGUAUGAAAGUCACUGAAA